CUGCAUAAUUUAAGCUUUAUAAAGAAAUUCACUUGAAUCGAUUAUAAUAAUUGAAAUAUAAUCUAACAAAAUGCCAACUACUUUUGACAUUAAGGAUUUAAACUGUUAUGAAAUGAACGGAUUGUUCUAUACCAAAGACCACGUGACAGUGCAUAAGUUAUUUUUGUACAACAUCCCAGAACUUCUAAAUGAGAAUCAAUUACUUAAACUUUUUAGUCAGAUUGGAUGUGUCUUAAGUGUGCAGAUUUAUGGCAAAUUUCAGGGAAUUCAGUUGUCUGAAUUGCCACCAAACGCAUUACCAGGCUAUGAUAGAUGGAUGAAUUGCCCACCCAAAACAGAUCUAAAUAUCGGAUGUGUAUUGUUUGCUAGUCCAAGGGAUGCAGCGAAAGCCUUGACAAUGGCGCAUGCGUCUGGGAUUGAGUAUGGUAUCGGUAUCUUAGCCAGCGAUAGUUGGAAUCAACCACAGUUCAUUGAGGAUCCACAGAAUGAUUCGGAGGAGGCGUACAUCUUAAGGAUCCCAGAUGAUUGCCUCUUAAGGAUAAUAAGUUAUCUUUCAUUAACCGAUCGCUUGCAUUUCCAACGUACUUGCAAACGUUUUCGCGCUGUCUACGAAUUGCAUACAAGAUGUCUUCAUAAGUCAGUUGAUUUUGAUAUGUUUCAUGGCCUAACCCUUUGGAAUAUACGUGACUUUUUGCAUCUUUCUGGGCCGUAUGUAGUUGAUUUUUCGGCUUCUUCGUUGCAACGCACAUUACGAAAUGAUCGCAUUAUAAAGUAUAUGGGAAGAAGUUGCAUGAACCUGACGACAUUGAACUUAACGGACGUUGGUUUAACUGCAAGGAAUGUUAACCAAAUAGUUGCCACUGCCAAUAAAUUGGUGAAUCUGACAUUAAUGCGUUGUGAUCUGACUGACGACAAACUGAUGGCUUUGAAGGAUUUGAAGAAUCUUAAAAAAGUUAACCUACGAUACAAUCCUUUAAUGGGUUAUUGUCUAGUAAAACUUUCCCAUUCCAUUGAGAGUUUGGAUGUUUCGUAUUGUUAUAAAAUGAAUACAAACUGCUUAAAUGCAAUGUGCAAGAUUUUAACCAACUUAAAAGAGCUUCACAUUUUCAAUGUAAAUAUUGGAUUUCCAGGAAAAUUGCGCUGCUUGUCAUUAGAAUUGCUGCGUUUAUUCCUCAAAGAUGAAAACCAAUGUGAACAGAUAGCCAAACUGCCUAAACUAAAGGAUCUUCAUAUUGGUGUUAUAUCACAUGAUAAUGCACAUACCAAAAUCUUUGAUUAUCUGAUCAUUUAUAAAUCCGAUCAAUUGGAAAAAUUAGUUAUAUACUGCUGCGAGGGUGUAACUAAAAAGAUGUUUACGCAAAUUGCCAAAUUGACGGGUUUAAAAACCCUUAUAUUAUUCUUCAGCGCGUAUAUCGAUGAUGCUGACAUUGACGAGUUAACCAAGCUUACUAAUCUCGAGAGCAUCGCCCUAGGAGGCUGCCAUAGUAUUACCGAUUACUCUAUGAUGCGUCUGUUACUUCAGUGCCCCAAGUUGCAGGAUGUGCAUCUUAAAAAAUGCUCAAAGAUAACCGACGAACUAGUCUAUAAUAUUGUUCAGGAAAUUCCGAGACGCUACAAAAAAAAUGAACGUAACUUGCCCAUAAAUCUUUAUUUGUAUGACACCAAAAUCAAAGUCCAGGAUUCGUCUUUAGGGUCUGCCGCCCAGGAUAUAAUCAAAAUAUUUUAUAAAACACGAUCUCAUUGGGAUUCUGAACUAGAUUAAUUCACUUAUAUACUAUUUUCAAUAUUUUGUAAUCAAAUCAAAUCAUGUUAAACUCAACUUAUACAAAAUAAUUCUUAUUUUAAUUGCAUUAUUGGAAAAAAUGUACAACCAUUUAAUUUUUU